ACUAAAAGAAAAAGAGAGAGGAGCAGAACAUGAACAGUGCAGCUAGUUCAUCGGAUGCUAGUGGGGGAAACCUCUCCUCUAUCUUGUCUUCAGGGAAUAGGGACUUCCUCAUCUCUCCCUCUGGAGACAAGGUCUCCGUUGAAGAGUUGGAAGGAAAAACCAUCGGCUUAUACUUCGGCGCAAACUGGUACGCAAAAUGCGAAAAAUUCAAUCUUUUGUUGGCCGAAGUUUACCUGAAGCUGAAGGAACAGGGAGCUGGAUUCGAAGUUGUAUUCGUGUCAUGCGACGAGGAUCAGAGCUCCUUCGAGCAAUUCCAUGGCACCAUGCCAUGGGUCGCCAUUCCAUUUGCUGAUCUACAAUCCAAGAAAUUUUUGAACCAGAGAUAUGGCAUCGAGGGCAUACCUUCCUUGGUUAUUCUCAGUCCCACCGGCCAGCUUCUGCAAACCGAAGGAGUCGAGCUCAUCCAUCACUACGGAUCACGAGCUUUCCCUUUUACUCCGACACGUAUCAGCGAGUUGGUGGCGGAAGAGAAAGCCGAUCAUGACUCUCAAACCUUGGAGAAGCUCCUCGCAACCACCGGUAGAGAUUUCGUGAUCGAUCAUGGUAAAGAGGUACCGAUCUCAAAUUUCGUAGGGAAAACCAUUGGAUUGUUGUUCUCGGCUCAAUCUUACCCACCAUGCGCCAAGUUUACUUCGAGAUUGGCAUCAAUUUAUAAAAACCUUAAAGAAAAACAUGAUCGAUUCGAAAUCGUCUUUGUUUCAGUCGACAAAGAUGAAUCGAGCUAUUCUCAAUGCUUCAGCGAGAUGCCAUGGAUCGCAUUGCCAUACAACAUGGAAUCGACGAAACUGCUUUCUCGAUAUUUCAACAUUCAGGGAAUUCCGGCUCUGGUUAUAAUUGGCCCCGACGGGAAGACAUUAACGAAAGAAGGGAGGAAUCUGAUAAACUUGUACAUGGAGAUGGCGUAUCCCUUCACGGAAGAACGGCUGAAGCUGCUUCGAGAGAAGAUGGACGAAGAGGCGAAGAGCUACCCGAGGUCUUUAAGCCAUGAGGGUCAUCGGCACGCCCUUAAUCUUGUUUCAGAGAACUCAGGAGGGGGGCCAUACAUUUGCUGCGAGUGUGAGGAGCAGGGAUUCGGCUGGGCUUACCAAUGCCUUCGGUGUGGAUAUGAGAUUCAUCGAAAAUGUGUGCGGGAGGUUGAAGAAAAUGGAUCGUUAGGGUAAAGCGGGAGAGGAGUGUAUGAUUACUGAGAUGUAAAGAUUUUAGUUUUAUGAAUAACUGAGUACAGAUG